ACAUUGCAAGCUGAUCCCGUUCACGGGAUCAAGAAUCUUCUUUGAACACCACCAUCUAUUUUUGAGAUUGGAUUUUCUUGUCAAUACAUUGCCCUUUGGAUUGCUUCUUCUCUUUGACCCUACACCUGCUAAGUAUAAGUCCGGGAUUUGCUCAGAUCAUCACACCAUGUCGACUGCCCCGCUUGCCUCAGAGAGGAAGACGUUCAACAUCGGUACUCGCAAGUCAAAGCUUGCGCUCGCGCAAACCUAUAUGGUUGUGGAUGCAUUGAAGAAAGAGUAUCCUCAAUAUGAAUUCAAUAUCAAGUCAAAGGAUACCGCCGGCGAUCGCGACAAAAUCACCGCCUUCAAAGACAUGCAGACGAAGAAUUUGUGGACGGAAGAGUUGGAAGAAUUACUGAUUGGCGGGCAACUAGAUUUUAUUGUUCAUUCUCUCAAGGAUGUCCCUACCUUACUACCCCCUACUUGUGCCCUAGGAGGCGUUCUUCCUCGUGAAGAUCCAAGAGAUGUGCUUAUAGUCAAGCCCGGUCUUCCGUAUACCUCUCUCGCGGAAAUUCCUGCCGGCUCUGUCGUGGGGACCUCAUCAAUCCGCCGCACGGCUCAAUUGGCCAUGAAAUUCCCACAUUUGAAAGUUCAAAGCCUCCGCGGUAACAUUGACACGCGAUUGGCGAAACUAGACGGAGAAGACAGCCCGUACACAUGCAUUAUCCUAGCAGCGGCGGGAUUAUUACGGACUGGAAUGGGACAUAGAAUCACGCAAUAUCUUGACUCGAGGAGUGGCAGUCUCUUAUAUGCCGUGGGCCAAGGUGCGAUCGGCAUUGAGGUCCGUUCUGAUGAUGGGCUCGUUCUGGAAAUGCUCAACAAGGUCGGGGAUCAGAAGACGUUCAAGGAAGUUCUAGCUGAGCGCAGUUUGCUUAGAACAAUAGAAGGCGGAUGUAGUGCGCCACUUGGUGUAGAAUCAGAGUGGAUCAACGAGGUGGAAGGCACGACAAAGCUGCAUGUCCGAUCCAUCAUUGUUAGUGUGGAUGGUAAACGCCAUUCUACUGCUGAAUUGGAGAAAGUCAUUGAGAGCGCCGCGGCUGCCGAGACAUUUGGAUUGGAGUUGGCUCAGGAGCUAAUUGCGAAUGGCGCUGGACCAAUUCUUGAGGAAAUUAAGCAAAACAAGGUUACUUCAUGAUUAGACAAGACAGUGUUGAUUAGAUACAGCUCAGAUGGCAUCUAUAAGGAGACGCUGGGCAUCUCCUGAAUGCAUACAUGUGUUUUAGAAGUCAACAGGACAAAAGCUGGUAUAAAGUCCCAAUGUAAAUAAUUGGCGAGAUUUAUACUCACACUUGCAUUCAAAUUGUCCCUCGCCGGCAAGAGACUAGAGACAUCAACCUCUGUUUAAGGUAUUUCCUGAUCCUCUCGGGUUAUCUUCUUUAAACUCGUCCCAAGCACGCGCUUUCAUCGUCUCUUCAUCAGCCUUAUCCAAAUCAUCCUCGUCAGGUUCCGGAACCUCGUUGCUGGUUCCUCCUUCAAGGAUACCACCACGCCUUCGUUCCUCUUCCAAGUAUUCAUCAAUAGUCAUAGUAGGCAGAUUAUGUCCUGGUCUAAAGACGCCUUGCUGGAGCUCGGUACGCUUAUUCGUGAGCGUAAAUGGUUGUAGAGGUUUUCCGGAUUUGCUCAGGAGGGGACCUCCUCGGCCACCCUGGAGAAGUUGGCUGAGGGGACCGUCUAGCCUUUCGGAAUAAUUGUUUUUGUCCGGCGUAUUCCUACUCCUUGGAUCAUCCUGCGGAGCUGAAACGGGAGGCGCAUGUCGCAUUUGUGAUAGCAUUUCUAAUUCCUGAGCAAUCAUAUCGAGAGAUUGGAAAGUCUGAUGUGUGUAGAGAUUUAUUUCGGCCAGGUAUAAUUUCCUCGUCGCUUCAUCAUCACUCUGGAGUCGA